AUGUCUCGCUUGCCUCCUGCCGAGAAACUCCCUCUCGCCGUGCGGAAGAACAUCCGCGAUGAUUGGGAGAACAAGAGAGAAGACUUCCAGAAUAAGCUCUCUGACGUCCUGGGCACAGAGUGGACGCUCAAGGACAUCAGCCCUAUCGCGCUUUACCCUUACGCCGAAGAGGGCUACGCCAAAGAGCGCCUAGGAAGCUGCAUCGAAAACUACGUCGACUCAGCAAUCUAUAACCUCAAUUACUUCGUUGAAAGAUACGGCGAAGACGGCAAAUCCGAGCUCAACUCCAUCUGCCACGCCCACUCCCUCAUUAUCGACCUCGAUGACCGCCCGGAGGGCGAGCGCGUCUCCUACUGCGGCGUCAUCGUCAAGGAGGGCGGCGUGCUAGCGAUCGUCUUUUCCGAAAGAAAUCUAGGCGUCAACAUCGGCUCCGCCCUCGAGACGCAGGGUCUCCUGAGCGCCUUGAAUGCCGCGCCUCCCGCACCGGGGUCCGCCGCGCCCAUGAAUUUUGCGGCGCGCACUUCCGUCAGGCGGGACUAUGAUCUGCAGAUCGAGGAGACGAGAAAGUCGUUUGCGGAUAUGCUCGAGAGGCCUGACAUUGUGCUGUGUCCCAAUUUCGAGGCGAACUUUGAAAAGAUCAAGGCUGCGGCGGAGAAGAAGGGGAGCGAGGUGAGGAGUGAUUGGGAGGUGAACAUUGGUGCUUUUACGAGGAUGUACUUUGAAGGGCUGAGGUCUCAGAUGAGGUAUCAAAAGUUUGAUGAUGAUGAUAUGUUGAGGGAAGGGUUCAAUGAGGCUGCUGAGAAGGGGGAGAUUCACUUCCGGAUUGUGGAUAAGAUGGCGUAUGCGACGUACGGGGAGGUUGUGUUGGAUGAUGAGCUUAUUUGUCUUCAGACCCAGGCGCAUAACUUUGGAACGAAUGUCGAUUACGCAGCAGAGAAGCUCUUGGACCAGCUCUAG